AUGUGCAACCGAAGAAACAAGCCAAUAUUUCAUGGGACUAUCUUCCUAGCUCUCGCUGCAGGACUGGGUUACACCUUUUACCUUUAUAAUUUGACUAAAACAGACUUAGAUAUCUCUAGAGCAGAGACGGACAAGCAUCUUAAGCAACAAGAAUCGCUAUCGUCCCAGCUCCAAGGUUAGUGUAAAUAUAAAUGUUAUUGUUUUCCUUUGAUUGUAUAUUGUGUCUGUGAAGAAGUCUAGUUCUUACAAAGUAUUACAAAGAACUCUUCAAAAGAAGAGUUAAUCUAAUUAGCUUCAAGUUUGUCUUACAAAACUAUUGUUUUGUGCACUGAUUAGGUUACACGGUGUUAAUGCGUUAUGAAGAUUUAACGCGCUGUAAAUGAGUGAAACUUUAUUCUGUGGAAAAAAUGACCUGCAGAAAUAAAUCUCUUUGUUGUACACCUGUAUUCCCACAUCUACCUUUUUAUGAGCCUUGCAAAAAAUAUACAGUUACACUAGUAUAAAGUGGGUACCAAUAGAGCCUUUCUUGGUGUCUGCUUAAUUGAGGUGCUAGGUGUGAACAUUUGAAAAAAAAUUGAGCCAUUCAUCUGCUUAAUAUAGGAUGUUCACCUAGGUUCCGCUUGAUACAAGCGUUACUGUACAUUCAAAAUUCAGACGGUGAUUAUUUCUUCAAAAAAGGUUGAAUCUCUUUUAGUGGUGUGCUGAUCAUCAAUAAAAUAAUAAUGAUCGACUGGGUGGGUAAAUCCAAUUAUUUCUGAUGAUUGGUUAUGAAAACUCAGGCGAUUCCCAACACUAAUCUCUUUACACCUUUUUUACCUGUCUCUAACAGCAACAGACUAUGACUAUGGCCACUCCCACUAAAUGAGAUGCAGCAAAAUUUUAAUGUUAAGGGUUAUUUAGUGGAAUUCCCUUUUUGAAUUUGCUCAAGAAGUGUGCAAUCUUAAAGGGCAUAGAUUUAAAUUACUUUUGAUUUAAUUAGGUUUUUAUGAUAGUGAUAAUAUUUUUGUUUUCAGUUGUGUAUGAACAUCGUGCCCGGCUGGAGAGAUCUCUUCAAAAGGAGAAAACAGACCACAAGAAUACAAAGCUUGGUGCGUACUUUGUACUCAAUCAUAAGUCAAGUAGUGUUUAACUAUUUUCAGUAAGUAGGUGUGGUCACUGUAUACGGUCACUUACAAGGAAAAAAAGAACAAAAGAAUAAACUUGAACUAAUUUCUUACCUUGUAAGUUCUUGUGAUUGCUUAAGAAAUUUCAGCAUUGGUAACUUCUGUGAUAGUAUUUUAUAACAGCAUUUGAAUGAAAAACAAAAUGAGUGUUUACAUAGUGGUUGCUAACUGGGAGUGGUCGUUUCUGAAAGUGGUCACUAAGAAAGGGUUUACUGAUUGACAAUAAAGUUGUUAUUAUCAUGCACUAGCAAACAUGCAGCCAGUUAACCUUCAUCAAGUGUCCCACUAUUGUUCCUUACAUUAAUACCUUAUGCUUAUUGAGGUACUUAUUGUGUGUAAUGCUUCAUGUUUUACAGAAUUUUCCAAAAAGCAGAAUGAUUUUCUUUUGAAUAUUACCAGAUCAAAGGUGAUUGUUUACGUCAAACCAUGAUAGAAAUUUUGACCUAUUUUUUUUCCGUCCUUACUGGUCAUGUAAAUUAAUACUUCUUCUUAACAAAAGAAUUAAUGUUGCUUAAUUUCAGCAUGAAGCAAUGAACAGAUUUAAUUCAUUAGAAACACAGUAUAAUAUGCUUAAG